AUGAGCUCCGGUAGUUCGUCGUCAAAUUCUCAAAGACGCAGAGCAACAGUUGGCAUUCCUAAUCGAUGUUGGUGUGGGUCAAAUCUGACUACCUUUGGUGUGAAGACAAAGGAAAACCUCUUCCGCCGUUUCUACAGAUGUGAAAUUGGCGUCAAGAGACAAUCUGAACACCAUUUGUUCAAAUGGAUAUACGAGGCUAUUAUCGACGAAAUUAGACUAGUUGAUUCAAAACAAAGUCAGCUUCACGAAGAUGUCCAAUCUUUCAAGAACACUACCACACUUCAUCUUCAGGAGCAGGGUAAAUACGUUGAGGACUCCUUGCUGAAGAUGAAAAGAAUUAUCCAAAACCAAACACUCCAGCUUGCUGAAUUCAGGAGAUACUCCACUCAAGACAACGACACUGCAGUAGUUGAUGCAACUUUGGAGUCACUCAAUAAUGGGUCUUCUAUUACCAAAGCACAGUCCCCACUCAUCAACAUUGCUGCUGCUGCUAUUGCUCUAGGAACCAUGGCAUGGUUGUAUGCAAAAACAAGCACUUGA